CCGCGCCCGCUCCGCCACCAUGUCGGGCAGCGGCGGCGGCCCCGGCGACAGUGCCGUGAAGAAGAGGAGCCCGGCGGGCUCGGCCGCCUCGCUGGCUCAGGAUGAGGACAAGCAGGCGAUGGAGAAGAUGCUGGGGCGGGGGCGGAGGGCGCAGGAGAACGGCUGCGCCCGCUCGCCCUCGCCGUGCGGCUCCGGGGAAGGGGUGACCCUGCAGCGCUCCAUCACGCUGCUCAACGGCGUGGCCAUCAUCGUGGGCACCAUCAUCGGCUCCGGCAUCUUCGUCACCCCCACGGGCGUGCUGCGGGAGGCCGGCUCGCCGGGGCUGUCGCUGGUGGUCUGGGCGGCGUGCGGGGCGUUCUCCAUCGUGGGCGCCUUGUGCUACGCGGAGCUGGGCACCACCAUCACCAAGUCCGGCGGGGACUACGCCUACAUGCUGGAGGUGUACGGCUCCCUGCCCGCCUUCCUCAAGCUCUGGAUAGAGCUGCUCAUCAUCCGGCCCUCCUCGCAGUACAUCGUGGCUCUGGUCUUCGCCACGUACCUGCUCAAGCCCAUUUUCCCCACCUGCCCCGUGCCCGACCAGGCUGCCAAGCUGGUGGCCUGUCUAUGUGUCCUGCUGCUCACAGCCGUGAACUGCUACAGUGUCAAAGCUGCCACCCGUGUCCAGGACGCCUUUGCUGCGGCGAAGCUGCUGGCGCUGGCCCUCAUCAUCAUCCUCGGCUUCGUGCAGCUGGCAAAGGGUGAUGUGUCAAACCUGACUCCUGAGCACUCCUUCGAGGGCACGAAGGUCGAUGUUGGGAACAUCGUGUUGGCUUUGUACAGUGGCCUCUUUGCCUAUGGAGGAUGGAAUUACUUGAAUUUUGUGACAGAAGAGAUGAUAAAUCCCUACAGGAACCUGCCCCUGGCCAUCAUCAUCUCCCUGCCCGUGGUCACUCUGGUCUAUGUGCUGACCAACCUGGCCUAUUUCACCACGCUGUCCACAAAUGAGAUGCUGACGUCCGAGGCCGUGGCCGUGGAUUUUGGGAACUACCACCUUGGUGUCAUGUCCUGGAUCAUCCCUGUCUUUGUUGGCCUGUCGUGCUUUGGGUCGGUCAAUGGAUCUCUCUUCACUUCUUCCCGGCUGUUCUUCGUGGGAUCCCGAGAGGGACACUUGCCUUCAAUCCUGUCCAUGAUCCACCCCAGGCUCCUCACUCCUUUGCCAUCCCUCGUGUUCACGUGUGUCAUGACCCUGCUCUACGCCUUCUCCAAUGACAUCUUCUCAGUCAUCAACUUCUUCAGCUUCUUCAACUGGCUGUGUGUGGCUCUGGCCAUCAUUGGGAUGAUGUGGCUGCGUUACAAGAAGCCAGAGCUGGAGAGGCCCAUCAAGGUGAACAUCUGCCUGCCCAUUUUCUUCAUCCUGGCCUGCCUGUUCCUCAUCGCUGUUUCCUUCUGGAAGACGCCGAAGGAAUGUGCCAUCGGCUUCGCCAUCAUCUUCAGUGGGAUCCCUUUUUACUUCUUUGGGGUCUGGUGGCAAAACAAGCCCAAGUGGGUUCUCCAAGGCAUCUUCUCCGCGACAGUCCUGUGCCAGAAGCUGAUGGAAGUGGUUCCUCAGGAAUCCUAGGCAGGAAAAGCAGAGACACUCAGCUCGAGGAAACGCACAAUUUUAUUUUAGGACAACACAAGAAUCUGCUCCCUCGCACCCAGAUCCCAGGCCCUGAAGCCCCGUGGGAGCCGCUUCCUGCUGACACCACAUCCCAGCUCUGCCUUGUCUCCUCCAGCCCCACCUUCCCCUGGCACAUGGGUGACCCUGCGAUGAGUUCUUGGUAUGGACAUGAGCCAGGAGGAGAAAUUCCAAAGGGCAAUUCCAGAGGGGUCCUGCCUGUCCCAUCAGCAUCUGUGUGUGUGGGACACCGAGGGCUGUACUUGGUUCUGGGUGGGCUCAUCUGGUUUGGGGCUGGGAUGCCCCAGAUGAGGAUGGAUCUGCUCAGGAACCUGGCUUGGGUGUUCAGACGUGCCUGGGGCUGUCACAGAUCCAGGGUGGGCCUGAGCCUGCCCCACCUGCCUUUCCUGGCCAAGGGGGGUGGUUGGGAAACAAAGGUGGGCUGGUGUUGGCUCACACACACACAAACUCACACCAAAACAUGCUGCUGGACACUCUGGGCUCUGUCCACUGGCAGUGGCUGAGGUGAGACAAGGCAGAGCAGAAUUAGUGUCAGAGAAAUUACAUGGGGAGGCCUUGUCUGCCUGUCACCGUGUUCCUGACAGAGCACUCCCCUGCCAGCACCUGGAUUUUAACUCCCAGAUCUAAUCCCCUGCUGUUGAGCCAGUUCUCCAGGAUGCUCUUCACCAGAAUGCCCAUCCCAUGGCCCUGUGAAGGAGCACUGGGGCAGGUGCAGGCCCGAGGGUAGAGUUCCUGCAGAUAAACCCAGGGAACUGCAAAGAGCAGAAGGCCAAGUCCUUGGCUUGCUCAUUCCAUGCUUUUCUGUGGACAGGCUUUCAUCCAGCAUGGGAUGAGCAAUAUUGUUCUCUCCACAUGGCCCUGCUCAUUGCCCUUGGUGUGAUCUGUGUUUGCCUCUGAACCAUCUACAAGGAGAAGUAAGGGGUGGGGUGCCCUUGGCAUGUUCCCUGGGGUCUGUCCGUGCGUUUCCUGGUGCUGUGCCCUCUGUCACACUCUGUCUCUUCUGGAAUGUGCCACAGAGAUGGGACCAACCGGGUCUGGGGUGUAGAAAGGGCAGGUGGCUGGAGCCUGGCUUUCACCUCGGGCUGCUGUAGAUCAUGGGUUGGGAGGGACCUUAAAGCUCAUCUUGUUCCACCUCCUGCCAUGGGCAGGGACACCUUCCACUAGAUCAGGUUGCUCCAAGCCUGUCCAACCUGGCCUUGGACAUUUCCAGGGAUAAGGUAGCCACAGUUUCCCUGGACAGCCUGUGCCAGGGCCUUGGCAUCCUUGGAGUAAUGAUGGUAGAUGGUGUGUUUUGCUCCGAGGAGCCUGGCCUGGGGCCUGGGCCUCCUUUGUGCAUCAGGUUUGGCUUGGUGAGAUCCCUCCACCACCCUCCCAUUCUGGGAGUGAUCCUUGAGCACAAACCCUGAUCUGCAUGUGAAAUCCUCUUUGGCUGUUGUGGGUGGUGCAAUCCCAUCCCCUGAGCACACCCAAAAUCCCUCUAGUUCCCAAUUAGUCCAACUGUCCUCUUAGGAACACGUUGCUUUAUUUGGUCAAAAGCGUCGCCUUUUCAGCAAAGCUGCAGUUCUUGAACACUUUGCUCAUUGUGCCUCUGCUCUCUGGUAUCAGUUGAAAUUCAGAAGCAUCUUCUCCCCACAUUGAGCUGCUUUGCUCUCUGUUGCAGAUCUUUGUGCUCGUGCUUUGUGCAAGUGGCUCGUUGAACUCCUUUUUCUCCUCAGUGUUUUUAUAAGCUCGGCCGUCGGGAAGCCGGGAUCCUCCGAGAGCUUUCUGCUGGAUUCUCCUCGUAGCGUGGGGUUAUUUUGGGUGGAGAGGCAUUAAGGACACCAUGGUACUCGCUCACACUUUGUCCUUUGAAGCUCUUUAGCGCUGGGGGGUGUCAGGGCAGGUGCAGCUCCUGUCCAGGUGUGUGGCCAUGCCCACAUGAGCUCUGUGCUAUCGCUUUGCCAACCAGCUCUUGCUUCGGGUGCAGCAGGAAUAGGUGAGACAAUCAGCAUGUGGAGAACCUUGGCUGUCAAGUUGUUUAUUCCAUGGCAGCUCAGUGUGGAGAUUCUCAAACCAGCUCAGGUGACAGUGUGGAGAUCCCCAAACCAGCUCCCAGGACAGUGUGGAGAUCCCCAAACCAGCUCAGGUGCUGCUUCACCUGCAUGAGGUGCUGAGCUCUCCUGGAGCUGAGCUGAAUCGUGGGGACUUGCAGCUGGUUUGUGUGGAUCUCCAGGGCAGAACCCAAAGUCUUUGGCCAGUGCCUGGCUGUGCAGGGACCUAACGUGCAAUGAACUGGAGCACCUUGGAUCUGGUGCCUGUGGAGGGGUGUUUGCAUAAAUAAGGUGGUAAAUUGUAAAACCUGAACUUUUUGGCAUCUCUUCCGGCUGAAGGCUGAGAUGUUUUGGCAGGGUGGUGAUGGGAAGUCACCGCUCCUGCUGGACCUGUUUCAUGGAGAGAGGACCUCAGUCUGUCACCUCCCACUUGCUCUGCACGUUUUUAUCUGUGGUGGUGUCAGGGCAGCUUCUGCAGGGCCUGGGUUCAGUGUAGGGGCUCCUGGUGAUGAACUUCCCGGCAGAGUUACUUGGGAUGCAAAGCAAAGGGAUUCAAACUCUCAGCCACCUCAGCCCAAUGUCAGUUGGCACCAAGGUCCCAUCCAAGAGCUCAGAAAUGGGUCCAGACCUCCCAAAGGGGGGGAGAGUGCUUGGUUUGGACACAUCUUUGAGCAGUGAUGACCAUCACUACACGAUCUCCUCCUGGUGAAUGUUUCAUGCUGGUUUUAAAGAGGAAACAUCACACUAAGAAAUAUUUUUUAAUUAAUUACCUGAUCUUAAUGAAUUCCUUAACUUGCUUGCUUUGCUUUUUAUGAAUUUUCAUUAUUUUUCCCUUGCUGCUGAAGAUCUUUCUCAUGUACUAACCUACAGGCUCUGGCAUUGAUCCAUAUGUUCACAGUGAUCCUGCCAGCAUCUCCUUGGCAAUAGAGGUUUAGGGAAAACUGAACCAGGUACCAGGACAAAAUGACAAAAAAAUGUUGAAUUUGGUCAGCCACGGGUCACAUCUCAAAGUUUAAAAUGCCUGAUUUAUUUCUUUCUGGAUUCAUUGACCCCCAUAGUUCCCCUCCACCAGAGCUUGGUGACGUGGCUGGAAGAGGUUGGGUUAUUUUUUUCCCGGAGGUUUGGGAGAUAAUGAGCGAGGGGGUAAAACUGAAUUUCAUUUGCUAAAGAAAACACAAUAAAGUAGAUUCUCCAGUGGGAGAAACUGCUUCCAACAGCAUCUGCUGUCCAGAGUGACAGCUCAUCCCUUUGAUCAGCAACAGCAGCAUCUGCUGCCCUCGACUUGCCCUGGUCAGUUGGAUUUUGGUAUGGAAAGGGGAGAACUCCUUGUGAAAGACCUCCUUGCUGCUUAUUUUCCUCAAACAUGGAAUGAGAUGUGUGUCAGGGAGGGCGAGGGGAGCAACAGAGACUUCACAGAAAAUUCCUUGGCAUUCCCAGCACUGGAUGUGGGAUUUUUGUGUUGUUUCUCUGUUGGCUUCUCUUUGGAGCCCGUGAUCGGUCACAGCUGUGAUGCACUGAGGGACAUAAACCCUUCCCACAAAGGGCACUGCAACCACAGGGACCUGAAUGAGGUUCCACAUGAACCUAUUUCAUAUGAGUGUCCUGCAGGUACAGCUGGAGCCGUUGUGUCCAUGGAAUCAGGGAAUCAUUCAGGUUGGAAAGGACCUUUAAGAUCAUCAAGUCGGACCACGGGGCCGUGGCUGCUCUGCAGUGAUCCCGUGGUCCUUGUACCAACCCCCCCUUCAAUUACUGCUCUUAACUUGUUUUUAAGGAUUUAGCCUCCCAGGCAGGCAGUUGUUUGGAGUGUUCAUGGAAUAGCAUCCUGCAGGGAUUGCUAAACAGAGCAGGAGCUGAUGGCCAGGCACUUCCGUGCCCGUUGGGUUCCUCUUUCUAAAUGAGAAACCUUCUUCCGACCAGGAGGGGACCCAGCCCUGCUCAGCCCUGCAAAAUGCUCCCAGCCAAAAAUCAGGGGGACUUAUGUCAUCCUGGGUGGAUUAUUUUAUGAUUUUUUUUUUCCAACUUCCUGCAGAAUUUGCAGUGUUUUCCACCUCAGACACCAUGUUCUGGUAAACACACUUUUGUUUUCAGUGGCUCCCUCUGUGGCUCAGGAGUUCAAAGGGACUCUGGCACAGUUGAACAAACUUUAAAGACCCUUCAACUGGAUUGAAACUCCUGAGAAGUGGCUUUGUUGUUCUCCAAGGCCUGUCCCAGGGGUGGCUCAGGCAUUGGGCUCCUCCGAGGGUUCCUCCGUGGUGAGUCUGAGCGGAGCCCUCGAGGAGAAGCAGUGUUGGAACAGAGCUUUUCCCUGUAGCUGUGACUUCCCAGCCAUGGAGAGAUGUUCAGAGUGGCAGGGUCCCAGUCUGGCUGUGGGGAAUCCCAGGGAAAGUUUCCACUCAGUCUGGGAAGGUACCUGUGCCUUCAGCCGAGGUGACAGUGUCCUUGGGCUUUAAUAUAAAAUAAAAAUUUAAAAAAAAAAAUUAAUAAGGAAACUGCCAAAUAUUGUCAUUACACAACACUCUGGCUGGUUGGGGCUGUUCCUGUGGGAUGGCAGCUUUUCCAUCCACCCAUUGUGCAACUCCAUUUCUAAUGAAUCCAAGGGGAGGGAGGGUGACUGGGAAAGGGCUGGAAUGAAGCUCCCUCCUGGAGCUUGGGAAAGGGCAGCCCAGUGGGCAGAUGGCUCCGGUUCCUCCGGGGCUGGUGCCGGGGCUGUGCCAUGAGGUCUGUGCCACGACCCGGGCACAGCCCACACGCUGAAUGGUCGCCUUGUGCCGGCCCUGGAGCAUCUCCGGCUGCGGGAUGGGCCGGCACAGCCGGAGCCAGGGCUUGGCUGCCGACCAGGGAGAUCCCUGCAGUGAUGGGAAUCUGCUCCCUCCUCUGUGCCAGGGCAUCCCAGGAGACCUCAGCAUUGAGGGAUGCUCAGGGGGUUUCCUUUUCAGGUGGCUUCUUGAGGAAUUCCAGGCUUAUGCUGGGUUUGCCUGUUCUUGAGGAGUUUCUUCCCAGUUUUCACGCUCCGAACUGUAACUGGGAGCUGGGUGGGGCAGGUGUGUGAUGCUGCUGGGCUUGGUGGCACCAGGAGCUCCCAGUUUGGUGCAGAUAAUAUGAGAUGUGGUGGUAGGAAACGUGGCUCAGGGUCGGCCAUCCCCUAAGGAUCCGAUAUCCAGAGGAUUAUUUCUUUGCUUUGCCCCCUCCCUGUUCCUCACGUGAGAAGGGGUGUUGCUUCCUCCAGCUGUUGAAGUGUUAAUGAGAGAAAUAAAAGUAUUUUUUUAAACACUGAAUUAAUUUCUAAACUGCCUAAAAGAGACUUUAUAGCUACACCUGAGUUAUUCCCAUGGGGUGACGUCCAGCUCAGCCCAGGGGAUCUCCCACAUCCAGGAGGACGUGGGGCUGCAGCCCCUGCACUGGGAUUGACAUCACACGGAGGGAAAAACAUCCUUAUUUGUUCAGGGGGCAGGGAGAGAUCUGUGUCCCACCUAAACCCUUCCAAAGGGAGGAUUCAGAGUGGCUCCCAGACCUCGCUCCGACCCACAGAACAAAGGGUGACAUUCACUCCUGGUGAAGAAUCUGACUUUUCAGAGAUAUUUUUCUUUGUACUUUUGUUGUUGUUUUUUUUUAAAACACACACACACAAAAGAGCUUAACACACACAAGAAAAAAAACUAGAUCUGAUUGACAAUUUUGUUAUAUUUGGUUGCUUUAAAAAAACUAUUUUACUAAUUUAAAUGUUGCUGUAGAUGACAAUUCUAUUUAUUUUAAGGGGUAAAUAUCUUUUAGUCUUAAAACUUCUCCAGUAAGCGCUGUUUAUUCCCAAUGUUUGUGUUCCUGGCAACACAGCUAUUCCACUGGUCAGCCAGUAGUUCCUGAAUCCAAUGGCCUUGUAAAACAAGAUGUCUCUUGCAAUGUAUUUUUUGUAGUAUUUCUUGAUUCUUUUAUGUCUGUGGUUUAACAAAUCUGUUGAAUGUUUGGGUUGUUCUAUGUUUUGGGUUGUUUUGUUUUGUUUUUUUAACAAAGAAAGCUGAAUUACAACUCUCUUGUUGCUGG